AUGGCUCCUUUUGAGGCACUUUAUGGGCGCAAGUGUAGGACACCAACUUGUUGGAAUGAAGUGGGUGAGAAACUUUUGGAGGGUCCUGAUCUGGUUCAAGUUACUACUAAAAAGGUGACGGUUGCUCGAGAAAGGCUCCGACAGGCUCGGUCAAGACAAAAGAGUUAUGCAGAUAAAGGUCGACGUGAUUAUGAGUUUAAAGUUGGUGACAAGGUUUUUCUAAAAGUAUCUCCUUCGAAGGGCAUUCAGCGGUUCGGUCAAAAGGGUAAAUUGAGUCCGAGGUAUAUUGGACCUUUCGAGAUUCUUGAGAGAGUCAGAACAGUGGCAUAUAGAGUUGCAUUGCCACCACAGUUAUCAAGGAUUCAUAAUGUAUUUCACGCAUCAGUUUUGAGGAAGUAUGUUUAUCAUCCACAUCAUAUUGUUCAAUAUCCUUUGGACGCAUUUCGAGAGGACUUGUCUUGUGAAGAAGACGCCGAGGCUAUAUUGGCGAGAGAGGAGAGAGUCUUGCGUAAAAACACGAUUCCUUUUGUUAAGGUUCUUUGGAAGAACCAUGAGGUUCGAGAAGCUACGUGGGAGACAGAGGAACCUGUUCGCGCAAAGUAUCCAUAUCUUUUUGAAUCAGGUUCGUGCCUUUAA